AAUAAAAUUAUGAAAUUUUUUUCAGAUAUAUAUUAUUGUUUAAUAUUGUUUAAUUUAUUGCUUGUCAGUCAUUCACAUUUAUUAAAAAUAGUCACUUUAUUAAAUAAUGUGAGAAACUCUAUGUUCUUUGCGAAUAGACCUGAAGAUGAAUUAUGAAAGGGUAUGACAAGUAUCAGUAAUGCAGGAAGACACAGAGGCAGAGCAAGAAGAGUAGUGAAAAGAGAGACCUAAAUAAGGAGCAAAUUAUUGGCAUGGGAAAAAUUCCGAUACAAUUUCCUGGUCUAAACACUCCUGUGUUUAGAGGAAAAAAAUUAAUUCAACAGCAAAAACUGUUUGUAAAUCUUGAAAGAAAGCAAAAACUUAUGGAAUUACCACAAAGUCAGACCAGAUCAAUGCAAAUAAAAUUAUCGCCAUUGGAAUGUGGUUGGACGAGUGUUACAAUGGAUGGCAGAAGCAUUGAAUCAGAUCUUAUUGGAAAAGAUACAUUUGAAAGUUUUGAAACCUGGAUUUUGGAAAACAAAAUGAUAACUUGUAUGACUAGUAAUUUAGCACGUAAGACUAGAAUCAGUUCAUUUAUAGUAACUGGAAAUGGAAAUGGAUUAGCUGGAUUUGCGUUAUCAAAAGCCAAAGCAUCCCUAAAGACGGUUAAAAAUAGGGUUGGUCAAAAACUAAUGUAUAUUCCUACAUAUAAGGAAUAUACAUUACUGUGUUACAUGAUUUCUUUACACAGUUUGAGAAUAUAAAAAUAUUUGUAAAGAAAAUUCAUGAAGGAUAAUGGGCUUGUUUGUCAUCAUGCCAUAAAAGCGUGUUGCGAGAUAAUUGAUAAAGGAUAUGUAUGCCAAAGUACAAGGAGGAAUGUAAAAGCAUUCUUUAUUGGUUUAUUGCAACAGGUAUGUAUAUAAAGUAUUUAAAGGCAUAUUAUACUUUUUAUU